AUGGCGCCCCAGAACGGCAAGCCCCAAAACGGCAACUCGAAGCCUCGUCGACCUGGAGGGAGCAAGCUUGCUCAAUCCUCCAAGCCUCUCCCAGCUAUCCCACUGCCCUAUGUGAAGCGUCAGGCCGCUGCUGCUGCUCGGGCCAGUGCUGCCUCUGCCGCGACCCAGAAACCUGAUGCGCCUUCGCCCUCCGAAUUGAAGCUCACGAACGGCAAUGCACCUGCUGAGGUUAAGAAAGCUGGGCCUGUAGCUUCAGCUGCAGCACCUAGCUCGGUUUCCAGCCCUGUUUUGACUUCAGCUUCCAAAGCUGAGAAGAAUCCAAUUGAGAGCAAGGUGGAGAGUCUCCCAAAGUCAAAGAACGAUAACGCCAACCCUGCCAAUUCGCACAAUGUUUCUGUCGCAUCCGUCUCCGAGCAUCCUACCACCACCGAGAACGAAGACACCCACAAAAAUCCUGCAGUCUCAGACCGUGCCGAUCAGCCCACCACCAAGAACCCAGCUGAUAUUGGAUCUCGAACAUCCGACAAGACCACUGUCGCGAUGGACGAAAAGUCAAAUGGUGUCGCGGGUCAGGGUGAGACGGUCCAGCGUCAGCAAGGUUAUCCUGACGCUAUUGACCCCAAUUUAGACAACCACCACGUUUCCAAGAUGAAGUCUCAACCUCCACCUGCUGUCCCUUCUGGCCGAUACCAGAUGCCACCUGCUUUCCAACCUUCUGGCCAACCUUUGGGACCAACUGUGAAUGGUGAUAUGCGCGAGCCUCGACCCCUAUUGCCUAAGGGCCCGCUCCCUCACCCUCACCAGCCGCAUCCCAGCAACGGAAGCAUUCAUUUUGGCGCUUUCCAUGGUUCAACAAGCUCAUCACCAGCUCCUUUGGCUGGAGGUAUUGCCCCCCCUCCUGGUAUGCUGGGACCCGAUGGUCGACCUCCCUACAUGGCCCCUGGCGCCAACGGAUUCCCUCACAUGAUGCCCUACGGAGCGGAACAUGCCCCUGCUAGCACUUUCGAUAACUUCGGAAGACAUCAGAUGGCUUAUGUACCCAUGGACACAUACUCUUUUGGCCCCUCGACCCCGCAUAGCUACCAUGAUUCGCAGACAUCCGGCCCUCCAGACGAUGUCAACAUUUACAAUCAAUUCGCUGCAGCUCCAGUGCGAAACGGCGGUCCGGGCCCAGGAGAAGACAACCAGUCGCCAAACUACCCAGGCAGAAUAUUUGGAGGUCCUGAAUACCCACAGAUGAUGCAGAAUACCGGUCCUCCUCCGCACAUGAUGUCUGGGAUGGAUGAGGCAGAGGGUCUCAUUAACCAUAUCCAGCAACAGUUCGGAUCUCCCGCAUUCGCCGAUUGUGUCUUGGAGCUUCGAUUCGCCAACAGAAGAGCUCUUCCAGUUCGCAUCCCAGGCCACCGAAUUGUCUUCGCCCGCAGCCCCGAGCUCGCCGGCGCAAUGUCGAAGGGUCUUUCUCGGCCCAGCGAAGCCGGACAGCUCCCCACUCUUGUUCUUGAGGUAGAGAGUAAAUGGAUCCAACCUGACUCGUUCUACUACGCCGUACAGCGCCUUUACGGCCUACCUUUGUUCACCCCACCUCCUAGCUUGAAGCAGGGUACCACAGCCAACACAGGGUCACUGCCAGAGCGUUUCGAUUUUGCUCUUGGGUAUGCUGCAGCUGGCCAUCUUCUCCACUGGGACGCAGUUACUCGACGUGGAUGCGAGUUGGCCAUGGAGCUGUUGGAUGUACAAACAGUGGACAAGGCAAUGGAAUUCGCUCUAGAAGGACACCGAGAUGAGGGUUCCUAUGAUGCGUUCAAAUAUGGUGAUGGAUCUCGAGCAAUGCUCAGAGAGAUUGUCUCUUUCAUUGCCAACAAUCUUCACCCUACCUUCAAAAUCGACACUUCAGUCACCGACUCGUCGAACUACGCUCGUCUUCCGCCCCAAGCCGCCCUGGGUAGCACAACGCGCAAGCUUUCACCCCCACCUAUCGCUAGAGGAACUUCAGUCCAUCUCAAGGGGCGUCUCUCUCAGCAAAUUUCCGGUAUCAAGUUUGGUGACCUUGCCUCGAACGAAAGCGUAAUGUCACCAAGUUCGGACGCCUCGGGUGCAUCUCAACCACAGCGAACGUCGCUCAAUGCUGUCCUUUCUCGCAUUCUUCUCAACCUUCCCUUUGAAACACUUAAGGAGCUACUUGAAAAUGCAACCAGAGAUGGAGGCGCGUGGCCAAACGCAAAUGCCGUGUUCCAGGCGGUCAGGGACACGGUGCUUGAGAGAGAGCGACGCCGACUCCAGAUUGUUGAGAUUGUGAAGAAUCGUCAGAUCCCACAAUGGGAAAUCGUGUUCAACCAGCUUUCUAUUCCGGAGCCACGCAACUACAUUGGUCCUUGGGGUGCGCUGGGCUGGGAGGAAGAGAUUGUUCGUGUUGGACCUUCAGACAGCCCAACUCUUAGCCGAACUUGGACUCCUCUGAUUGACCCCCAGAUGAGGACCCAAUCAGCAUACCCUUGA